GUCCUCCAUCAUUAGAAAAAUCCCCCCAAAAAUGUUAAAAACAAAAAAAACACAAUUUUCACUGCACUAUUUGAUUACUUUUUGCUGUUUUUUUUAGAUAUUAGGUGAAUCUGGAGUGUUUGGUGCUGUUGUUCUCAUAAAAAAAAAUAAAAAAAUCUGCUGGUGAAACCAUCUGCCCUCACUUAGAAGAGUCACCAACAACCACUUCCUCUCUGCAGACACAGAAAGGUAUAAAGAGGCGCCCUUGGCCUCUCUACUGUCUGCUUCCAGGCUUCCCUUUCACAAGCGCUCUUCACUAUGGGGAACUUUGUCGCCAACGAGGGGCUCUCCAUCUUCGUCAUCCUGGUGUGGCUCGGCAUCAACGCGUACCUGUUCGUCCAGUUCUACAUGAACUUCCUGGUGGAGAGGUGGUUCUACACGCGGGUGUUGCUGGGGCACGCCCUUUCAUGGGCCAGGGCCCCUGCUGCCUGCCUCAACUUCAACUGCAUGCUCAUUCUGCUGCCCGUCUGCAGAAACCUGCUCUCCUUCCUCCGAGGCUCCAUCCAGUGUUGCAGUAGAACAGCAGCUCGUCAACUCGACCGCAAUAUCACUUUUCACAAGUUGGUGGCGUACAUGAUUGCCUUCCAUACAGCCGUGCACAUCAUUGCACACUUGUUCAACUUUGAGUAUUUCAUGGAUGCGCAACUGAAUCGCAACAGCAGCCAUUUACCCUUCAUUCUGUCUGAAAUCGGGGAUAACGAGAACGUGUCCUUCCUGAACCCAAUCAGGAGCAACGAAACGAGCCCCACUAUCGUCAUGUUCACCACCAUUGCCGGCCUGACGGGUGUGGUCAUUACCCUGGCUCUCAUCCUCAUCAUCACAUCCUCCAUGGAAGUCAUCCGCAGGUCCUACUUCGAGGUCUUCUGGUACACCCACCAUCUGUUCGUCAUCUUCUUCAUCGGUUUGGUGUUCCACGGCUUUGGACGUAUUGUUCGAGGACAAACUUUGGGAAGUCUCAAUAGAAACAAGCCUGACACCUGUGCAAACAGAUUUGAAGAAUGGGGCAAAAACGAGUCGGGGUGCGCCGUGCCGGAGUUCGCCGGAAACCCACCCAUGACAUGGAAGUGGGUGGUGGGUCCCAUGUUCCUUUACGUGUGCGAGAGGCUGGUGCGCAUCUAUAGAUCUCAUCAGAAAGUGGUCAUCACCAAGGUGGUGAUGCAUCCCUCCAAAACUCUGGAGCUGCAGAUGAAGAAAAAAGGCUUUCACAUGGAGGUGGGGCAGUACGUCUUCAUCCAAUGUCCUUCCAUCUCCCGGCUGGAGUGGCACCCCUUCACCCUGACGUCAGCCCCAGAGGAGGACUACUUCACCGUGCACGUCCGCAUCGUUGGGGACUGGACCCAGGCCCUGUACGAGGCGUGUGGAGGGAACAAGUCAGAACUUCAGGAGGCUUGGAAACUACCCAAGGUGGCCAUCGACGGCCCGUUUGGUACUGCCAGCGAGGACGUGUUUGGUUAUGAGGUCGUGAUGUUGGUGGGCGCGGGGAUCGGGGUCACUCCGUUUGCCUCCAUCCUCAAAUCCGUGUGGUACAAGCACAUCCAGAACAACGAGGGGGUCUUCACUAAGAAGAUCUACUUCUACUGGUUGUGUCCGGAGACAGAAGCCUUUGAGUGGUUUGCAGACCUCCUUCAGUCUUUGGAGCGUCAGAUGACGGAAAGAGAUAUGGCGGACUUCCUCAGCUACAACAUCUACCUCACCCGCUGGAAGGAGACAGAGGCGGCUCAUUUCCGUGUCCAUCACGAAGCUGAAAACGAUCCAAUCACCGGACUUAAACAGAAGACUCUUUAUGGGAAACCAAAUUGGGACAACGAGUUCACCACCAUUGCAUCGGCGCACCCGGGGACCAAAGUGGGCGUCUUCCUCUGCGGUCCUCAAAUGUUGGGCAAGUCUUUGGAGAAGCAGUGUAUUUCUCACACAGAGGCUGGCGUCAAGUUCAUCUUCAACAAAGAAAACUUCUAAAGGCGGCAGAGGGGACAACCUGGUGUGGCAGCUCUUCAUCACCAAACCAGAGCUCCUCCUCGCCUCUCACCGUUGUAUUAGCAAUGGUUGUUCCUUCAAAAGAGUGAUGGGAAAUAACCCCGCUCGGGCUUCAUGUUUCUUCUUUAUCGCCUGUGUAGCAACAGUUGGUUUCCUAACAAUGAAUUCUCCUUUUUUUCUCUUUUUAAAUGACACUUCUCUCUGUUUGUGGUUGGCACUGUUGUGCAAAAAGGGUGAGAAAUCUUGCAUUAGAGAAGUGGAGGACUUCCAGUUUGUAUUUGUGGUUUAAAAAAAAAAAAAAAAGUGUGGUGCCCACCCACAGACACAGCGAAACUAAACGACUCAUUUCAGUGGUUUAAACCCCAAAGUCUCUAAAACUGAGGAUUUUUUUUUCAUCUUUUUCUGUAUAUUUUCAAACCAAACAGCAGUUUAUGAGAAAUAAUAAAUACUGGAAUCAAUAAAAAAGAUCCAGAUGCUUGUA